CCACUUUGAGAAGCUCCGGUCUUGGGGCAUUUUUGUGCUGUUUUUGCGCCAUGGCCGCCCCCUCUGGUGCGCCCCACACUUUUGCCCCGGCACCGGCCGAAGCGAGGGCCAGGUCCAGUGUGCCGCGGAAAGCGAAAGCGGAACCCGAGGUGAAAGAUGUGAAAGCCCCCGCUGGUGGGCGCUACUGGCGCCCCCAGGGCCAAGUGGAGGAGAGUGCCCGACAAGAGGUGCGCGCCCUUCUCCAAAGGAAGCCGCUAGAGAACGACUUCUCUGGGUGGCAGAUGCCUUUUCCCUUCGAGCUGCCGAGCGGAGAGCGCUGUCCCAUUUGUGCACUGGGGGAAUGCGGCGACGUGAACUGCGCGGCGUACCGGCCAAAGCAUCCCGAAGUGCGGGCGGCCAUCGAGGAGGUCGUGGCGCGGUUCGCUCAGCAAUACCUGGCCGAUGGCAUCCAGACAUAUGUCUCGGUGGGGUCUGGCCUGCUAGCACAGGACUGGUUCAUCCUCGAGAAGCUGAGUGCUCUGCAUUUGGCGCCCUCCCGGGCCAUCUUCGUGGAUCUCCGCACGGCUCACCCGGCGAUCGCCUGCGAGGGUCGGCAGUUCUCGGGUGAGGACGCCUUGGACAUGACCCAACUGGGCUUCAACUCCUCCCUAGGCCCAGAGUUCUCCUUCUCGGCCGUGGUCACCUUUGGGUCGCGCUGCGAGGGCACACGCCUCUUCGACUUCUGCAAUGGCAUUGAGGAAGACAACAUCUAUGUGGAACUGGGCCCUGAAGAGCAGGGGGCCAUGAUCUUUGGCGUGCGCAGGAAUGGCGAGGAUGCGCAGGUAACAGCUGGUGGUGCUUGGCUCGUCGGGCAGCCGCAUUUGUACCUCUUCACGGUCAGUGCCACGGGGAUGCUGCGGAUCUACAUCGACAACCAGCUUGUGGUGAGUCAGCAAGGGCAUCCCCCUGAAAGGAUGCAUAGAAAGAGGCUCUAUGUGGGCAGAUCCUCCAACUGCAGCAGCUUUUUCACGGGUCAAAUGAGGAAGAUCCAGGUGUGGAACUACUGCGUGGACAGCUGCAGCGUUGAUGGCUUGUAUGCUGAUGAGGCAGAGCGCGCUCUGAACCAGUUUGCCAGUUGGUUCCCCGAGGUGGAUGUCUUUACCUUCGGCAGCCUUGCCUCCUUUGCCGCGGCGGCGGAAGAAGACGACGAGUUUCAAGCGGAUUUGCUCCUCCAGAUCGACGUCCACAAGGAGCUCGAUGGCUUCCAGGACCUGGCCAAGAAAGUUCUCAGCAGCAACGGCCUCGCCCUCACUUUGCCCAAAACCGGCAAGAGCUGGAGGAGAGAGAAGGUGAAGGUCGUGGAGCUCCGAGUGGAGUCCGAGGUGCUGGCGCAGCUGGAGGAGAAGAAGCAGCAGCCCUGGGUCUUCUUUGGCCCCGGCAAGGUGGGCCGCAGCCACUUCUGCCAGGAGGACCGAGCCGCUUUCUUCGACUUUCUGGCUGGGCAAGCAGGAUAGGACGGCCACCCCGGUAGCCAGCCGGAGGUGUCGCGACUGUGCGGAAAAGAGGGAUGCAGCGACUACCGUUCAGCCA